CAAAACACGCAUACUUGGCGCAGGAUGGAUAGCAUUUCGAACUCCAAAAUCUUCAUCUGCCUGUCAUCUGCCUGUCAUGUCUGCCAUGCAUACUCACAUUGAGAUUUUGCCAUGAUUGUCGUGGUAACUUGUAUGGACAAAGUUUUGUGAUAUGCGGUAGAUGGUAUGCGUUGCUUUUCUUUUAUCUUUUAUUUUUUUUUUUUUUUUUUUCAUAUCUUUUUUUCAUUUUUCUCUUUUAUUGCUGUUUCUCACUUAGAGCUUUGUUGUUCCAGCCAUGCAUGCAUAUUCCCUUCUGGCGUGUUUAUUGGUAAGCGUUUCAUGUCUGAGAGAGACCGAGUUCGGUUCUCGAGAGAAUUAUUCCAGUUCCAGGACAAUGAAUCUCCAGCAUACAUACACAUAUCAACAUAAGACCAUCCAGCUUAAGAAAUAAGGAAUAAGGGUAAGAUGAGGGUGGGUCAACCCACCCGGGCAAACGGCAACA